AAGCUUCCACCACAGAAUUAAAAAAAAAAAAAUUUUGGUCUGAAUUCUGACAUUUUUUUCUCAGAAUUAUGACAUGAACUCACAAUUCCAAUUGAGUUGUGAGAUUAAAAGUUGCAAUUAGCAUUUGUAAUACAUGGUGGGAGGAAAAAAUUAAAUAGAAUUGUGAGAUGUAAACACUGAAUUGCGAAGAACAAAUUCUGAACUGGGUUCAUAUUUCGCAUUUCUGAUUUAUUUUUCUCAGAAUUGUGAGGGAAAAAAAGUCUAAAUUGUGAGAUAGAAAUUUUGGAAAUGGGCUUCUGUUCUAUACAGAAUGAGAAUUGAUCUAGUGCUUCAUUCAUGUGGUGUUGUUAGUUGUAUUUCCAUUUCCAAGUAACAAAUUAAGAGAAAAGUACAUCCGAUCCACUUUACAGAAAUGUUACAGAAUUGGUGUUAAGUGUUAAUUUAAAAACUAAGAGCUCUAUUAAUCAGAAAUGAAAGGUAGCACGUACUCAGUGUCAUAAUAAUAUAAUGUCUGAUUGAAAAUUUUCAUUUGGUCUUAUUUAUUGUCAUUGACGUCUAUACAUGCUAGCAAACAAUAGCACUGAAAAUCCAUUUUUUACAGAAAUGUGCAAAUUCACAGAAAUACACUUGAGAUGAUGAAAUGAGACAAUUCUGCUUUGCAAUGUUCUUAAACACAUCCGAGUUUGUUUCUGUGUGAUUGAGAUGUUUGUCAUUUUAUAAGACCUUAUGCUUUGUGUGAACAAAUAUAUAGAAAUAAAUGAUCAUAAUGUAUAUGUAUGCACAACCGUUACAACUACGUUUUGCACCUUGGAGAUGAGCAUGUCCAGAGUACCGCAUAUUUAUUUCUGAGAUGUGCUAUUUGAUUCUAACUCUUGUUCUGGAAUCAUACAUUUUAUUUGCAAUCGCAAAAGGACUAUUUUACCAGACAAUGAAAUGUAAUUGUGGUUUUCUUAACUUGCCGCUGCAUUAGUUGAUAAAAAUGAAAAUACAUUUUUGCCACAGUUUGUCUGUUUUAUUAUGGAUUCACUGUGCCACGGUGUAGGCAAAUGAUUGCAUUAUCAUCUAACACACUCAGCGAUAUAUCAACUGAAAAGGUGUUGGUGAAAUUAAAUUUUAGUUAUUAAAAAGAAUGUCAAGCUACCACAUGGCUUUAAAACCAACCUGGUGGCUUAGUGUAAAUAUGUGAAAUGGGUAAUAGAAACUGAAGCAGCUAAUUAAUAUCCUCAAAAGCGCUUGAUGAUUUGAUCAGGGUUGGUUCUGAGCUCUGCAGGUAAGUGUAUCUCCAGGCACAGAAUAUUAUUAGACAUCCAUGUUUUAACAUCUGUCAGGAAUGUAGAUGCAUUGUAGAUCAGCAAACCUGGUGAACAGGUGAUGUGUCUGGACCAAUGGUAUGCCACUACAAAAGUGAAACUAAAACAAACGACAGGUGAUCAGAUUUUCUUAGUAAGAUCUCUAAGAGCUGCGUUUUGGAUUACAUGAAUGCUUCAAACUUCUGUAAUUGAAUGGUGAGAGGAAGCUGUUGAGUCAUAUUGCUCCUGGUUCCUCUUGAACACAUGACAACCAGACACUGAAGUUUAAAAGCUCCCAGCCGCUGCUUGGCCCAUCAGUGAUGUUGUCAGUCAUGUCUGUGAAGCUCAGAGUGUUGGCUUUCAUAUUCUUUGCGACAAAGGAUGUUUACCCCACCUACGCUGAAACGAAACCGGCUGCACCCCAAAAUGUGAAGGUGACCUCCAUCAAUAUGGCUACAGUUGUCGAAUGGACUUCUCCACACAAUACCAUGAGUAACGUGACAUACACAGCAAGAUAUAUUCUGAGGAAAGAAAACGUUUCCAUCUGUGUGAACACCAAAGAGCUGAAAUGUGAUGUAGGAAAACUGCCAUCUGUAUUUGGACGCUAUAUUUUUCAAGUGCGGGCAGAGGAUCAGGGGCUGUUCUCUGAGUGGGUUAAAGCUAAAGAAUUUUUACCAAAUAAGCACACGAUCAUAGGACCCCCUACUGUGCAUCUUGUCAUCCAAAAUAAUACCUUGGAUGUGCAUGUCCGAGCUCCAGUGCUGAAAGUGGGCAAACUAGAAGACCUUUUUUCACAAGUGUCCUACAUCAUCAGAUACUGGACCGAAGGCUUUGAAGAGGAGGCAGUGGAGAAGAAGGUUACUGAAGCCAGUGAAGAUGUUAAACUGAGGGUUAAAGGACUGCAGUCCUGGAACAGAUAUUGUGCUCAGGCAAUGGUGGUUCCCAAAGGCUACAAAAAUGCCAAACAGUUCAGUGCUGCCGUGUGUGUGACCAACACACCUGUGCUCAUCAGCUGUGUGAUUGCUGCCGCCAUCCUUCUUCCUCUGGCAAUCCUGGCCGCCUGGCUGAUCUAUAAAGUGUACAGAUUCCUGUACCCUAAAACCAAACUACCUGAACUUCUCAAGAAUUUAUUUGUACCAACAUUUUGGAAUGCUGAGGCGACCCAACAUUCUGCACACCAGAAAGAACAGCAUGAUAAAAUCAGUGCCAUAUCUGAGGACCAUCUAUAUGAAGAGCUCAGCGAGAAAGCCAAGAUCUCGGAGGACAAGGACUCUGGGUUGACGUCUGUUCUCGCCCCAAUUCAAGAGGUGGAAGAGGACUACAAACUCCUGAUGCACAUGAAAUCUGCACCUGCUUUUUACCCUAACCAUCUCUAUCCGUUAUGCUUCAAAAACUCGCUAUUCACUCAUUUAAACCAACCCUGCUUCACUAGCACUCAGCCUAGUUACUACAACGUAGCAGACACAAGCCCUGAGCUGAGCAACACUAACUGUGUGUGCUGAAGUCCCAACAAGCUGAGAUGAUCUUAUUUACUUAAGAAGGAUCUUAUGAUUUGCUGCAGUAAAUAUACUUAAUAAUUUUAUACGACUAUCCAGUGGUGCAAUGCAUGGCUGUCUGUUGAAUGUAUAUAAUUUCUCACAUUGUUUUCUCAUGCUAUUAACUGAAUGCACUUUCUAAGAAACAUAUCACUGUUUGUCUAUAAUUGGUUGCAUCUUUAUUGUAAAAAAAAGUGUAUUUUUCAUAAAUAAACCGAGUUGUAUUUCUUAUUUGAA